AACCAGUAGUUAAACAUGGCUGCCCGCUUGCUGUUUGAUGUUAACCUUGGCAGACGACACAAGAAAACAAGAGUUUACAGACAUUUUAAUCACGAUUUCAAUGACAGUGAAUACAAAGAAAGGUAUAGGUUUAGUAAAGAGUCAGUUAAUUUCAUCACUGAUCUACUAGAACCCGAGUUGUGCCGUCCAACAUUGCGCUCAUAUUCCUUGUCAGCUCUCAGUCAGGUCGAGAUGGCUCUACGAUAUUACGCUACAGGUGAUAACAUGAAAACUAUAGGCGAUACACUGGGUUUCCACAAGUCAAGUGUUUCUCGAAGUAUCCAGGAUGUAUCCCAAGCCCUGACCGAUUUGGCCUCACGUUUUAUAAAGUGGCCAUCCACAGAAGGAGAGAAGUCCAACAUCAAGAAGGGCUUUUAUGCCAUUGCCAAAUUUCCUGGUGUGAUUGGUGCUAUCGAUGGUACCCACGUCCGCAUCAUGGGCCCCAGUGAGCAUGAGCCCGUGUAUGUGAACCGGAAAGGCUUCCAUUCAAUAAACACACAGGCCAUAUGUAAUCAUGAAGGUGAUUAUAGUUUAUCCAAGUUUUUAUCUUUCUUCAAUAUAUUGUAUUUAGUAUUCCUAAAAUAAAUAAUUAAAUGUUCAUGAGAUAAUGAAGA